GGCAAAAACAUUCUCUGUUGAGUGAACUCAGAGGAGCGACAUGGCGGUCCCACAGUUUCUCUCUACGGCGGAGUUGAUCAAACAAGGAGCAGAAGCUCGCUUGUAUCGGGCAGAGUUCUUAGGAAAGCCGACAAUAAUCAAAGAAAGGUUUCCUAAACUCUACCGACAUCCAGAGCUGCACGACAAGCUGAACUCUCGCAGAACAGCUCAUGAGGUCCGCUCCAUCCUGCGCUGCAGAAAAGCAGGUAUUCCGGCUCCAGCUGUCUACUUCGUGGACUACAAGUAUCACUGCAUCUUCUUGGAGGAAAUCGUUGGCUCCUCAACUCUGCGUGACCACAUCAACUCCGUUCAGCGGUGCGACUCCUGCGUGGACCGAGGCCUGCACGAGUUAGCUGAGAGAGUCGGUCAGAUCUUAGCCAAAAUGCACGAUGAGAACGUCAUCCAUGGCGACCUGACCACCUCCAACAUGCUGCUGAGGCGCGGGCCACAGGCCACAGAACCGGACCUCGUCUUCAUCGACUUCGGCCUGAGUUACAUUUCGGCUUUGCCCGAGGACAAGGGUGUGGAUCUGUUUGUCCUGGAGAAGGCUUUUCUCAGUACUCACCCCAACACAGACGUUUUGUUUGAGAAGCUGCUAAAGAGCUACGCUGCCACCUCCAAGAUGUCCGCGGCAGUCAUCAAAAAGCUUGACGAGGUACGGUUGAGAGGGAGGAAGAGGUCCAUGGUGGGGUGAUCAUGAAGGACGAACACUUACUUUGAGUUUGAGACAAGUGGUCAGUGAUUGGACAGGGAGAAGCUAUUAUUCUGUAUGUUGUGCUAUAAAUGAAAUAAACAGACUUGUCAAUAAAAUGUUGCAAGUUA